AUGGGUGUCCUCAACAGACCACUGGCUUUACGUCCUAGCCCCACCCUAAAUCGUUAUGUCGAAUUCCUUAACACAGUGUCGGGUCUUGACAAAGUUUUAGCGCUGAUACAAUACUUUUCGAUAGUCCUCAAAUGGGCUAGUGUGCGUGCUGGCAGGACCUCUCUGGCUGAACGCAUCAACAACCUAGGUGUCCCAGAACAAAGCUUGCUUACACGACGUAGGCGAGACAUCAGGUUAGAUGAUGAUGUGGAAGUUGUACAAAAGCAGAAACGCCAGCUAAAAGCUGAAGGUGAUAGAAUUUUUCAAGACACUCUUAUUAACAUGGGGUAUCUUCCGCUCACGUUACAUUGGUCUGUAGAAAAUUCCAGUUUUCCAGAGAUCGGUGUUGGGGUUUUUGGGACAUUGGCAUCUGCCUUCGAAUUAUCGAAGGCUUGGAAAGCCAUUUAA